AUGAGACAAUUGCCAUCCGCUCGUGUAAGACCAUCGAAAGCAUUCUUACACAUGGGAAUAGAUUACGCUGGGCCAGUAACACUGAAGACAUUUCAAGGUCGAGGUGCGAAAACCUAUAAAGGUUGGAUCGCUGUUUUUGUAUGUCUCGCUACCUCUGCUAUACACAUUGAAAUUGUCACCGAUUAUUCUACUGACGCUUUCGUCGCAGCAUUCAGAAGAUUUACUAGUAGGAGAGGCGCCUGCAGUACCCUAUACUCGGACUGUGAUGGCACAGACUGGAAGUUCAACCCGCCAAGUGCUCCCCACUUUGGUGGCAAGUGGGAAGCAGCCGUCAAGUCAAUCAAGUUCCAUCUCAUUCGAACUAUUGGUGAAUCGCUAUUGACUUACGACCAACUCACUACAGUUUUAACGCAGAUUGAGGCUGUAUUAAACUCAAGACUGAUCGCUCCGCUAUCCGAAGAUCCUGCAGACUUAACCGCUUUGACUCCUGGACACUUUCUCAUCGGUGAACCUCUAAUCGCCGUACCAGGACCGUUGCUACUGGAAAACAAUACCGCUACGUUGUCACGCUGGCAACAAUUACAACAAAUGUUCCAGACAUUUUGGACUAGAUGGUCGUCUGAGUACUUACAACGACAUCAAUCAAUCUCUAAGUGGCAUCAUCCAUCUAAUAUCUUCAAAGUGGGCUCAUUAGUCCUGCUGACUGAUGAGAGGUUCCCACCAUCAAAAUGGCCACUCGCUAGAGUACUCGCAUUACAUCCAGGACGAGAUGGGUUGACUCGAGUAGUCACCCUGAAAACCGCUACCACGGAACUAGUUGGACCAAUCGCUAAACUGUGCGUGCUGCCAAUUCACUCUCCAGAUGACAAUCCUGUCGACACAGUCGCCAGCGCUGGGGAGAAUGUUCAGUCAAGAGCAAACUCGCUACCACCUGAGAACGCCGAGCCUCACCAAUAG